AUGGCAACUGAACGGCCUGAUGCCUCGAGGGACUUUUCAACAUGCGAAGUCUUAGUUCACAUUACCGCGCCAUCUUCCGCACAAGACGAUGCCCGAUUUACAUCCGUCGCAGCAGCACUCCUAAAUUUCCAGCCCGCGAAGAGAGCAAAGGUAGCCGAACUAGAUUUCAUUUCUUCCCACCCCGUUCCCACCAAUACAGAGAUCAACGCAACUGAACAAGAGCCCUUCCCAAAGCAGAGGUAG